GUAAAAAUAUCUAGGGCUUGUAACUUUUCCCUCUUCGCAGACAAACACAAACGCACCAGGAUCUCGAAGUUGUUUAUCAGUGACGAUGCUGACCACCGACAUACCACCGAAUCAGACGAUUUACGUCAAGAAUCUCAACGAAAAGGUCAAGAAAGAAGAGUUGAAACGCUCUCUGUAUGCCUUGUUCUCCCAGUAUGGGAGGAUUUUGGAUGUUGUUGCUUUGAAGACCGCUAAGCUUCGUGGGCAGGCAUGGAUUGUUUUCAGUGAAGUUACCGCUGCCAGUAAUGCUGUUCGUCAGAUGCAAAAUUUUCCGUUCUAUGACAAACCUAUGCGUAUCCAAUAUGCUAAAGGCAAGUCUGAUUGUAUUGCAAAAGCAGAUAAUACAUUUGUUCCAAAGGAAAAACGAAGGAAGCAAGAGGAAAAAACUGAAAAGAAGAGAGAUGGUCCACAAGCUACUAAUGGUGUAAGAACUGACAACAAUGGAGCCCCUGCUGCUUCAUACCGGAACGGAAACUCGCAAGAAGCAACACCACCAAACAACAUCCUCUUUAUACAAAAUCUGCCACACGAUACAACCGAGGACAUGCUGCAACUUUUGUUCAAACAGUUUCCGGGUUUCAAAGAAGUUAGAAUGAUCGCUGCAAAACCGGGCAUUGCAUUUGUUGAGUUUGAUGAUGAAAAUGAAUCUUCAACUGCAAUGCAAUCCCUGCAAGGCUUCAAGAUCACUCCUCAAAACUCGAUGGCUAUUAGUUACGCCAAAAAGUAAACCAAAAAACUUAGUUUCUUGAAUAUGUGUUGUGAUCAGUGGAGUAUUUGACCUCAUUGUCCAUUAUGGUUUGUAAGGAAUUUUGGCAGAUUUAAACUCUUUUUUUUUAUGAAGAAAUUUAUGAAGUUAUCUUAUGGUCUA